AUGAAUUUAGAAAUUAAAGGAGUUUCUGCUUCCCCUAAGAGCCUAACUCAGCAAUUCUCCAGUAAUAAGAAGCAUAUGCAAGGAUGGAGAUUCAGAUCCUGGGCAUGCCGUAGUCCACGUCCGUCUGAUGUGCCACAGCUUGAUUUUGGGAGACUGGUAGACUCCGAUGAUGAGGAUGAUUCUACAGGUCUUCCUCUUAGUACAGUUUGUCUUAAGUUUGAUGCACCCUAUUCCUCCUCUGCUAUUAGUUGGGGCUUGCCUUGUACUGAUGAUCUUUCAAAUGAGCAGAAAACAAUACCAGAAAAUCUGCCAUCUCCAACCCAGAAAUAUAAGCAAAAAUAUCAGCAAUAUCAGACAGAGAUGAAAGAGGGCUAUAAGCGCUAUAGUCAGAUAAAUUCAGAGAAGAAACAACCAAAUAUUCCAUGGCAGCAGUCUCCAAAGAUUAUAGAGGAAAUGAAUGCACAAGUUGACGAACAGGUCCAGGACAGUAUUACAGCUUUGGACAGGAAAGCCCUUUUGCAGCAAUGUUAUACAAACAGCCCUUUCAACAUACGGCAAUGCGAAAAGAGAUCAGAAGCUGAAGUUGUGGCUGCCGAGAAGAAGCAGCAAGCUGUAAUAGAACAAGUGAUGAUUGAUCAAUUAUCCAGAGCAGUCAUCAGCGACCCAGAACAAAAUUCAAUAAUUGGUAGCCAGCAAGUUCCUUAUCUUCCUCUUUUCCUUGAAAAGGCACCUCUACAUCAAAGGAAACGAACACUACAUGAAACAAAGAUAAAAACCAACUCAACAUUAACGGAAAAUAUGCUUUCAAACAAGUUACGAUUUGAUGCUCGUAUUUUGUCAAGGAAUGGACGUGAUGCUUGCAGAGAGCUGAUGGGGUUCUUCUUUGCACAUGACAAGUCACUUACCAUUUACGAAUAUCGACAAUUUGGCAGCAGUAGAACAAAUGCACUUCCACUUAUUCAUAAAGGCAUUUAUAGUCAUCAACAUGGACGAAGAAAAGGCAAACAGUAUCAACUUCGAGACUUUUAUGUUGGUGCUAACUUGACAUUUUUGAGUUCUUAUCAUCUUAAUCUUCCAGAAAGCAUAAAAGAAAAUCCAUUAAUUACUCUUCGAAUCACACAUGUUGAUCAAUUAACUUUAGACGAUCUCAGAAAAAAUUUUGUGGAAAAUGGAGAUGGUUUGACUGAACAAGAGGCCAGUGAUAGAAACAUCUUCAAGAGUAUACAAGAUCUAUUAAAAGAGAAAUUACAUCAAAGGGCUGUUCGUAUUCUAACAGGAUUGGGAAAAUACUUCCGGAAUUUGGACAAAAAAGGGAAUGGUCUGCUAUGUAAAGCGGAUUUCAAACAGACCCUAAAAGUAUUUUGCUUAGAGGUUCCUGAAAAGGACUUUGAAGAUUUAUGGUUAAUUCUGGAUAUCAACAGUAACGGUCAAGUUGAUUGGGGAGAAUUUAAACGUGCCAUUUUUGGUGAAAUGAAUGAAUACAGAAAAACAUUUCUUCGAAAAGCCUAUAUGAAGCUAGACUUCACCAAAACUGGCAGCGUGAGCAUGGUUGACAUCAGAAAAUGCUAUUGUGCCAAGAAACACCCUCAUGUGAUAUCUGGUUGUGCAACAGAGGAAGAAAUUAAAUCUUCAUUUAUAGAAACCCUAGAGAAUGCCUGUAGCCAUCCCCAUGAAGUGUUAUACUGUGAAUUUGAAGAUUACUAUGAAGGACUAAGUUUUGGAAUAUCAGAUGAUGAAGAUUUCAUUAAUAUCUUAAGGAAUUCUUGGGGGAUUUAG